AUUUGACAACUAAAGAUUAAAGGUAAACAAAUGAAAUCAUCCGCAGUUAUCUUCGAAGGUGGACUUUUCAUCUUUUAACAAAUAAUAUGGAUAUACUUGAUACGUACUACAAUAAAGAUGAAUAUGUGGAAACGGCAUCCGGGAACAAGGUCAGCCGUCAAACCAUUCUCUGUGGCUCUCAAAACAUAGUUCUACAUGGUAAAGUAAUUGUUCAAAGCGGUGCGAUAAUCCGGGGCGAUUUGGCCGCUGUUCGGACCGGUCGGUAUUGUGUGAUAUCGAAGGGAUCCGUUGUGCGGCCUCCGUAUAAGCAGUUCAGCAAAGGUGUGGCAUUCUUUCCUCUGCAAAUAGGGGACCACGUUUUCAUCGGAGAAGGAGCGAUUGUUUCUGCUGCCUCCAUUGGGUCGUAUGUUUAUAUUGGCAAAAAUGCUGUGAUUGGAAGACGAUGCGUUCUAAAAGACAACUGUAUCAUUGAAGAUGGAGCGAUUCUGCCUCCUGAAACAACGGUUGCAAGUUAUAUGCGUUGCACUGCCGAAGGAAAGAUCGAGGGUGGCCAGGGUAAUCCGGAUUUUGUUCCACAUGCGAUGCAAGAUUUGAUGGUAGAAUACACUAAAUCAUACUACGAACACUUCAUUCCUGCUUCCGGAGCUUAAUGUACCAUUUGACAUCUGUUUUCACAUUGAAAUAUCUUAUUUAUUAUUAUUUAGUUCAUAUUUAGAGAUUUACGUAUUAU